AAAUAAUUAAGGAACACAAAUGGUACUUAUAUAUUAUAAACCUUUAGCCAUCUGCUCAAACCAUGAAAUUGAGAAGUUAAAAUUAUCAAGGAAAUAUUAACAAAUAAGGAAAAGUUCCUAAAUCUUUGAUUGUAAUCAAAAUUAAUAUUUCUAAUAGAAAAAAGAAGAAAAUCUUCCUGUAGGUCCAAUUCUUUUAGGUGUAUUCUUGUUUGUGGUGGUUGGUUCUGGUAAAUUAUGAAAUAAAAGAUUUUAGCUUUAUUCUAAAUACUUAAUGUUGCUUCAAGUGGAUAAGAAAUUUGAUAUAUAUUAGUGCUUAAUCAAUUUUUAAUAUAACAAAUGCAAAUAUACAAUCUAAU